ACGCAUUUCUCUCUCCAUCUUUGCAUGUGAAGCAACUCUGUCUGACCCGAUUCUUCUGUCACAAAAUCUGCAUGUGUACGUCGUCAAUGGCCGCCACCCUCACAUCCCUCUCAUGAAUGCUAUAUAUAUUUUGUUGGUUUUCAAGCUUCUUGUAAUUUCGAUUGUAAGAAGAUUCUCAGUUUCCCAACACAAUAUAUAUAUAUAUACACACACACACAUAUACACACGCACACCCACCCGCGAGCUUCCAUCAAGUGAGUACAGAGAGAGAGAAAGUGGGUCAUGCGUCUCCUCUGAUAUAACAACAACAUGAAUGAAUCCCUCUAGCUUUAAACCUACCCAUUUCAUAUCCCAUCUUUUCUUGCAUUUUUUUUUUUUAUUUCUUAUUAAUAGUUUGUGAAAUAUGUGAAUGCUUUGUGCUUCUCAGUCUCUGGCACAGGUUAUUAUAAUGGCUGUUCCAGCACAGUUGUAUCCUGAAAUUUUGGGUUUUCCCAUGUGUGGCUUACAGGAUUGCACGCCAAAUCCUGUUCCUGCUUUUAAUGCUGAUUUUUCGUUCACUCUUUAUCAUCAUCAAGAACCUCAACACCCUCAGUUUGCUCAUCUAGAGCAAACUUGUCAAAACUUGGCUUUCGAUUGCAAUAGAGGAGGUAGGAGUAUUUUUUCAAUGGCACUUUCUCAGUCUUUAGAUGCUCAGAUUGAGUUGCAAAGGCAAGAGAUUGACUGUAUUAUUCAAAUGCAGAAUGAUAGAUUAAGAUCUGCUUUGCAAGAACAAAGAAAGCAACAACUGGGAAUCCUGCUUGAGAAUAUAGAAUCAAAAGCAAUGAAUUUGAUGAGGCAAAAAGAGGAAGACUUGACACAAGCAAGAAAUAAGAGAAUGGAGCUUGAAGUUUGUCUGAGAAGAGCAGAGAUGGAAAGCGAGUCAUGGCAAAGAGCGGCUAAAGCAAACGAAGCAAUGGUGAUGGAUCUAAGCUACACUCUGGAACAAAUGAGAGAGAGAAUGGUCUUGGUCAGCAAUAGGGCGGAUGAUGCAGAGUCCUGUUGUGGUUCAUAUAACAGAAAAGAGGAAGAAAAAGAAGUGAAAGAAGAAGAGAAGAACAGAAAGAUUGUUUGUAAAAGAUGCAAUUCUAGGAACUCGUGCGUUCUUUUUCUACCUUGCAGACACCUUUGUUCGUGUAAGCUUUGUGAAGCCUUUCUUGAUUCUUGUCCUGUAUGCAAAUCUGCAAAGGACACAAGCAUGGAGGUUUUUUGGUUCUAACAAAAAGAAAAAGAGCCACAUUGGAGGUUUCUCUUUUGGUUCUGCAUUGCCAAUGUAUGAAUUGAGAUGAUGAUUAGUAUCAGCAGUAUGUGAGAAUCUUCUCCUUCUCCUUCCGGGCAAUAUGCAUUUUCCUCAAUUAGAUUUAUACAAUAAACCAUUUUUUUUA